AGGCAAGCUACGAGCACUAUUUUGGCAGCCUCUUCACCUCCUACGACAAGUCACUAUCAUCACGCCGUCGACCCCAUCGAGCGAACCAGCCCCUUCGUUUCGCAUCCAAUCUUUCAAUACCGCCAGAAUGGUUGCUAUGUACCAGAUCUUUGGCCGCCAGGUCGGCUCGCAUUACCUCGCUAUGGGUGUGCUCGGUGCCCUGUUCGGCGGCACCUACAUGGCCUUCAGCGGUCCUAGCAAGAAGACCGUUCAGACUCCUCCUAUCAACGCGUCAUCCCCCGACGAGGCCGACUUCAUUCAGAACUUCUUGAAACAGGCCGACGCCGAUGAGAAGGCCAAGCACUAGAGACGAAUGUAAAUUGCGGGCGCUUGUUUGAUCGGAACCAGGUCAUUGUACAUUAGAGGUCACAAUUAAGCAUUAUUUCGACAACGCUUCAUGAAGACACCCACUUAAAGUCAAAGGGUGUGUUAAUUCACGUCGUACCACUUUGAGGAGUGUUGGUACCAAUCUGGGUCUCCUCACGCGUUGUAUAAUGUAGCGUGAAA